AUGUGUAAAUCACGUUUUUAUAUUGGUCAAGUUUGCAUGUUUACAUCACUUUUCUCUACUUCUUUUGCAACUAUUGAUCAAUAUUUUGUAUCAAGUCGAUCUGCAAGAAUUCGUCAAUUGAGUCAAUUAUCAUUUGCAAGAAUAAUUAUAUUAGUUUCUGUUGUUCUUUGGUGUUCAAUGAAUAUACCAGUAUUAUUUCUUUACAAUGUGUAUACAAAAGCAAACAGUACAUCAACUGUAUGCACAGUAUAUUCUCCUGCUUGGUCAUUUUAUUACACAUAUUUUCAAAGUUUGAUUUUGCUUUGUCUUGUACCUUUGUCAAUAUUUAUCAUAUUUGGAUUAUUGACAAGAAAGAAUCUUCGCUCUGUAACUCAACUUCAUCGAUCAAUUUCUCGUCAAAUGACUAAAAUGAUUCUUUUACAGGCAACCUUAAUGUCACUUUCUCUUUUCAUAGCUACCGUUCAAAUAAUUUAUCAAUCAGUAACAAUGAAUAUUCAAAAAGAUGCAUUACGUAAUGCUCAAGAUAAUAUAUUUAAUACAGUUGCUAAUUUAUUGACAUAUGCAACUUAUUUUGGAGAUUUUUAUAUUUAUUUAUGUUCAUCAAAAUCUUUGCGCCAAAGUUUUAAAAAAAUUAUAUUCAAUCGUGCAAAAUCUCAGCCACAGAUUACAGCAACAUAUUUUACUCGAACCCAAAGAGAUGCUAUAACAUUUCAGAAUAAAGUACGACCUAUGGAAAAUGACAACAAUUGA